AGGCUGCGUCCCUGCGAGCACUGGGAAGGUCACACACUGCUCCCAGUCCUCCAUCCCCAGCAACAGCCCCACGCAGGGGAUGUGUGGGGGUCCGGGCUGGGAGCGGAGCAGCACCGGGAGCUCUGUGCAUGCAGCGGGGCCGUCUGCACGGCGCUGAGAGCCUGGGGGUGUCCUUGGGAAUGCGCUCACGCAGAGGAAGCUGCUCCGGGAAAAGCAAUCUGCAGAGUGCUUGGCUGAGCUGCCGGGUGCCGUCCCUGGGUGUGUGGCGCUGAGCCCCCAACGCUGUGCUGUGCCCGGGCUGCUCGCACCUCCUGUGCUGGCUCUGCGGGAUGCUCGGGGCGAUGGCACAGCCCUCCGUGCACCUGCUGGGAGCUGAGCAGCCCUGCCGACAGAGGCUGCUGGAUGCUGAGGCAGCCGCUUCACCUUCGUACUCAUGAGGGAUGUUUCGGCAGAAAGGAGAUGGGAACAUUUCCAAAAGCCUGCAGGACAUCCUGAGCUCCAAACUGUGUCAGCAGGAGCCCUGCGUGAGCACCAGACCCAAAGAUGAUGGAGGCCUGCCGCUUCUCCUCUGAUGGCAACUCAAUCCCUCAGCAGCUGAGGCCACCCCACUUCCACUCCUCGUGCUCCAGGGCGAGUGCUUCGUGGCUGCCGCAGCAUGGUCCAAGCCUGCUCAGUGUGCCACAGAGCUCAUAACAGCAGCCUGACAGCCCGGGUGGCCACCAAAGCCAUGGACAAGGCAGACAAGCCCAGUCCCUCUGCGAAGAAGCACGUGCGGCUCCAGGAGAGGAGGGGCUCCAACGUGUCGCUGGUGCUGGACAUGAGCUCGCUGGGCAGUGUGGAGCCCAUCCAGCCCGUAUGCACACCGCGGGACAUCACGCUGCAGUUCCUAAGGACAUCCAGCCAUGUGCUGAGGACGGAGGAGCUGCAGCAGCGUGCCCAGAGCCUGGCACAGCUCCAGGAGGAGUUCUCGAAAAUCCCACCCAACUUCAUCAGUCCGGAGGAGCUGGAGAUCCCUGGACACGCCUCCAAGGACAGAUACAAAACCAUCCUCCCCAAUCCUGAGAGCCGGGUGUGCCUCAGAAGGGCAGGGAGUCAGGAGGAGGACGGCUACAUCAAUGCCAACUACAUCACGGGCUAUGCAGGACGUCCCCGGGAGUACAUUGCCACCCAGGGGCCCAUGCUGAACACCGUGACUGAUUUCUGGGAGAUGGUGUGGCAGGAGGAAGCACCCAUCAUCGUCAUGAUAACCAAGCUCCAGGAGCGCAAGGAGAAAUGUGUCCACUAUUGGCCUGAGAAGGAGGGCACCUACGGCCCCUUCACCAUCCGUGUGCAGGGGAUUAGCGAGUAUGCGGAGUACGUGGUCCGCAGUCUGUCCAUCCAGCUGGAAGGUGAAUGCCGCCACGUCAAACACAUCCUCUUCCCUUCCUGGCCAGACCAGCAGACACCUGAGUCAGCCAAGCCCCUGCUGCACCUGGUGUCCAAAGUGGAGGAGACUCUGCAGGCUGCAGCCAGCCCAGGGCCCAUCAUUGUGCACUGCAGUGCAGGCAUUGGUCGGACGGGCUGCUUCAUCGCUACCAGGAUUGGGUGCCAGCAGCUGAAGGACAAAGGAGAUGUGGACAUCCUGGGAAUCGUGUGCCGCCUCCGCAUAGACAGAGGCGGGAUGAUCCAGACCAGUGAGCAGUACCAGUUUCUCCAUCACACACUAGCCCUGUACGCUUCCCAGCUGCCAGAGGCAGGGGGCCAUUAGCACCAGGCUCCACCGCUCGCUGCCUCGCUCUGAACACCCCCAGUGCGGAACCUGGGGACAACUCUGCUGAAUCUGCUCCUGCUGCACCCAGCCAUGAGCCUCAGCCUCCCAGAGGCUGAGCAAAGCCAUCGGGAUUGUGGCCCCAAUGACCCCCAGGGCGACGAGGGUUUGGGGUUUGCACAAGGCAUGUGGCAGGAUGCGCCAUGCAGAAGAGCAAGCUGCACACAGAGACUGAUGCUGAGCGAUCUGCUGGCUAGAAAUAAACAGCUCCUCCUCCAGCUGCACAUCAUGUGUAGGCAAAGGCUGGCAGACACACUCCUCGAUGCUCUUCUUGCUAAAGACACACCUGAAGGAUUUAGUCCAAAGCUGCACUGCUGGUUGCCUUCGUUCCAUGGCCUGCUUUCCUCCCUGCCUUCAGCCAUCGCCUCCCACCUGCCUUAAAGUAGGGGAUACUCCUAAGUGUGUCUGCACUUCUGCAAGCACUGUGCUCUGAAUUGUAACCCAGCCUUGUUACACGAGGGUGGGGGUUUGUGCUCCUGGGUUGUUUUUUUUUGUUUGUUUGUUUUUUGUUGGAAUCAGAGCAAAAUAAUACACCCAUUUUGCUGUU